ACAAAGCCUUGAACCCUAUUCUCUCCUUUCUCGUUUCCACCUCUCACAGUGACACACACACACGGCUCUGGUUCUCUUUCGGCUUCCCCCAUCACUAUCGCUCCCUCCUGCCGGAGAUAACCCUCUUCUCCCGAAACCCUAAAGCUCCCCUCUUUAUCGGUUUCUUCUCGGGAGGAAUCUAUUCCCGCUUUUCCAUUCGAGAAAUGGCGGAGGAAGAGGUUGUCGCUGUUCCUGCGCCGCCGUCCGAACACAAGCGCAAGCUCGAUGAAGUUGUGCCUGAUGAGGUCCCGCGUGAAGGGUCGAAUGCCGAGCUCGAUGGAGGUGCCGUUGAUGAUGGUUUUUCUCAGGUGAAGCGGCCGAAGCUCGGCGACGAGCCUGGUGGUUUAGAUAUUGUUGAACCUCAAGAAAAUGGUUCUUCAGGAGAAAAACCCGAAGAGCACCAUGAGGAGGAGAAGCAUGAGGAAGAACCCCAAUCCAAUGAAAAGGAAACGGAGGAGGAGGAGAAACCCACUGAGUUGAAGGAUGAGAACCCAGAAGGUGAACCUUCAGCAGAAGUUCAGAAGUCCAUUCAAACCGAGGAAGUUGAAGAGAAAACGAGCAAUAAAGAGCAAGGCUCUGAUGAUACUGCCAAGCCUGAGGAUAACCAGAAAGCUUCUAUUGAUGCUCCAAUCCCUCAGGAAGGUGGAGCAGAAGCAAAGAAGGAAUCUACUGAUGGAGUUUCUCAGAAGGAGGUUGAUGGGACAGAGUCUACAUCUCGCAGAAUGGAGGUCCCGAGUUCAAAGGUGGGAGUACUUAUUGGGAAAGGUGGGGAUACUAUAAGGUAUCUUCAGUUCAAUUCCGGUGCCAAAAUCCAAAUUUUAAGGGAUGCUGAGGCUGAUCCAAAUUCAGCGUUAAGACCUGUGGAGAUCAUUGGAACAAUUGCUAGUAUCGAGAAAGCUGAGAAGCUUAUCCAUGCAGUCAUAGCAGAGGCUGAAGCUGGUGGUUCACCCGCUCUUGUGGCUAGGGGCCUUCCUGCAACUAAUGCCAUUGGUGUUCCAGAACAGAUAGAGAUUAAAGUUCCUAAUGAUAAGGUCGGUCUCAUUAUUGGCCGAGGUGGGGAGACCAUCAAGAACAUGCAGACAAGAUCUGGAGCACGCAUUCAGUUAAUACCACAACAUACGGAAGGGGAUGAAUCUAAGGAAAGGACUGUCCGUAUCUCUGGCGAUAAGAGGCAGAUUGACAUAGCAACUGAGAUGAUAAAGGAUGUUAUGUUUCAGAGUCCAAGGUCAUCGCAUUACUCUGGCGGUUACAACCAGCCUGUGUACCGACCCCGAGGACCUUCCGGUCCUCCUCAGUGGGGUUCACGUGGUCCUCAUGGCCCCCCUCCGAUGCCAUACGAUUACCACCACCGUGGUCCAUAUCCAUCUCAGGGUUCACAUUACAAUUCUCCGAGCUAUGGUGGUUAUCCUCCGCAACAUAUGCCUCCUAGAAGUGGGUAUGGUGCUGGGUGGGACCAAAGGCCUCCACAUAUGGGCACAUAUGAUUACUAUGGCAGGCAAGGUAGUCAACCCGCUGGUCCACUUCCCUCUCCUGCUACCGGACCUGCCCCUGGUCCAUCGCCCUCUGCCAUGGGCCCACCUCCUUCCCAAGCAAACUACGGCUAUGGACAAAGUCAUGGUCCAGAGUAUGGACAUGCUGCUCCUUACUCUCAAUGGGGUCCUCAGCAGACUUAUGGGCAAAUGUAUGAACAGCCCAAGUACGAUAAUCCUCCAAUGCAGCCACCGUAUGGAGGACACGGUGGUUCUCAGCCGGGAUACCCACAAGCGGGCGGUGGCCAACAGGGUUAUGCCCAGCAGCAGCAACCGGGAAGGCCAUAUGGGAUGCAAGGACCGACACUGCAAGGUUAUGGACCACCGAGGGCAGCUGCACCUCCUGGAGAUAUGUCUUAUCAAGGGGCUACUCCCACAGUACCUUCAUAUGGUGCUCCACAACAGCAAUAUGCUUAUCCAUCAGGUGCUGCUGCCCCGAUGCAAUCUUACCCUUCGUAUGGCUCUGGAGCACCGACUGAUGGGUACAGCAGUACACAAGCACCUGCAUCAUCCGCCCCAGCUUAUCAGCAGCAGAGUGUUCAGCCGGGUUCUGCUCCUGAUCAGUCCGGUGCCCACCAAGCUACAGCUGGAUACGGUCAAGUACCUCCAACCAGUGGUUACAGUUCUUACCCGACCUCCUCCCAGCAGGUGUAUGGUAAUGCCCCGGCUCAAGCCAGCGGAAGCUAUGGACUGCCGGGCUCCCAAGAUCCUAGUUACGGAAGUGGAAACACGCCUGCUUACGCUUCAGCACCUGCUCAAACUGGCUAUGAGCAGCCCACGGCUCAGCCAACAGGCUAUGCUACCGCUGCAGCUGCAGCUCCAGGGAGUGCACCAGUGAAGUCAUAUCCUCAGUACGAUGCAAACCAGGCGUAUGCCGCCCCCCGCUAAAGAAAAGGCAGCUUUUUGCGAGGUUAGUGAGCUUGCAUGUUAUGUAUUACAACUCCUCUGGAAGUUAGACACAGCCUUAUAAGUAGUUUCUCUGAUCUUGUUACCUGUGUUUUUUUUUUUUGUUUAAAUGUACCGGGGAUUUUUACCUUUGUGACUAUGUUUCGGUUAAAUGCAGCAUUGUAAUCUGGAACACCCCAACUGUUCUUCUCUUGGACUCUUGCCGAUAA